AUGACUUCUGACUCCGAUAGACCCGAAUCUCCUUCCUACGAUGAGAGGCACUCCAGCAACGACGAGUGCACUCGCCCUAAUGACGUCGCUGGUCCAUACUACAGAUCCACAUGCUAUUUCUGUGUGUACGAGAUCUAUUUCAAGGGCUGCGGAUUAACCUUUCCCCUUCCUGAAGCCCUAGUCCGAUACCUAGCAGCUCUUGAGAUUGCUUUGCCCCAAUUAACUCCCAAUCUCCUCCGAACUAUCCUUGGGAUUAUAACCAUUGCGGCGGAGGCUGGUUAUAUUAUCGGGGUUCCCGAAUUGAACAAGCUUCUAAGCGUGAGAACUUUCAUUGCUCCGACUCUCCCAUCCGAAGAAUUAAUCAAAUUCUUCAAAAUAAUCCUCGAAGGGGAAACCCUUUGGAACUCCUUUACCCUUGAACGGUUUAUAGAGGCCAAUCAGAAACUGAGGAUGAGUCCCCCUGGACAACUUCACCGUCUUCCGCCUCCUCCCCCGACUCAAGGAAUGUCAGUUCGGGCCCUCACUGCCCAACGCAAGAUGCUCUCCAAGCCGAUGGUUGAGGCUUGCGAGGAGAACAAGGCGUUCCUUGCGACCGCCAUUGACAAAAAAUACAAUAGUAGGACCUUGCUUGUGGACGAUCGUAGCACCAAAGGAGCUAGAUCCAUCUCUGCUUUCAGAUUGACACCUCGUCGUGAACGUCGUGAUGAUCGUUCUCCUCGGAGGGCCCGAUCUCCUCAUCGUGACUCUCCUCGUCCUCCCCGAGAUGAUUUCAGCAACGAACCGCUUAAAAUGACCUUUCUCCUCGAUCGUCCCCUCCUACCGAACCAAUGGGUUCUCCUCCUCCUGUUGACAUGUCUUCCUCUCCCCAACACAGUGGCGAGAAGACUGCCCGAAGCGCUUCUCCUAAAGUGGGGGGUACUGAGCAUCUAG